AAGACCAGUGUGAACAUCUCUUGUGGAAACUGUUUUCCUGAUUAUCAUCUUUUAAAACAAGAAGAUCCAUUUAAAGAAGUUAUGAAAUCUUCAAAAUUGAACAGUGAUGUUUGUGGAAAAACAAAUUUAAAAGGAAGUAACAUAAAACAAUCUAAUGUACAUGAAGGUGAUGAUAAACCAUACAGUUAUGUAACAUGUGGAAAGGAAAGUGUAACAUUGGAUAAUGUAAAACAAUCUAAUAUACAUGAAAGUGAUGAUAAACUACACAGUUACGUAACGUGUGGAAAGGAAAGUGUAACAUUGGAUAACAUAAAACAAGACGAGAUAAUACCAUACGGAAAGACUCUGUACAGAUGUGAAGUUUGUAGUAAACAAUUUAGGUUUAAUGGUGAAUUGAUAAAACAUGAACAAAUACAUACUGGGGAGAAACCUUAUAGUUGUGCAACUUGUGGAAAACAGUUUAGGCGUAGUACAGACUUAAAAUAUCAUGAACAAAUACAUACUGGAGAGAAACCUUACAGUUGUUUAACUUGUGGAAAAGAGUUUAGAAUGAGUGGUUCCUUAAAAUAUCAUGAAAGAAUACAUACUGGAGAAAAACCUUAUAGUUGUAACUUUUGUGGAAGACAGUUUGUAACUAAUGGUAAUUUAAAAAUUCAUAAGCAAAUACAUACUGUAGAGAAACCUUACAGAUGCAACUUUUGUGGGAAACAGUUUGGAAGUAAUAAUAGCUUAAAAAAUCAUGAAAGAAUACAUACUGGGGAGAAACCUUAUCGUUGUACAAUUUGUGACAAAGACUUCAGAUCAAUUUCUGUAUUAAAGAAUCAUGAAAGAAUACAUACUGGAGAGAAACCUUACAGUUGUAACUUUUGUGGAAAACAGUUUGGAUGUAAAGGUCACUUAAAAAGACAUGAACAACUACACACUGGUGAGAAACCUUAUAGUUGUGAAACUUGUGGAAAAUGCUUUAGAAUGAGCAGUUUCUUAAAAUAUCAUGAACAAAUACAUACUGGAGAAAAACCUUAUAGUUGUGACUUUUGUGAAAAACGGUUUGGAACUAACUCGAGUUUAAAACAACAUGAACAAAUACAUACUGGGGGGAAACCUUAUUGUUGUGGAGUUUGUGAAAAAGAUUUUAGAACAAGUUCUGAAUUAAAAAAACAUCAAAGAAUACAUACUGGGGAGAAACCUUAUAGUUGUAAAUUUUGUGGAAAACAAUUUGGAGAUAAUAGUCACUUAAAAAACAUGAACGAAUACAUACUGGGGAAAAACCUUACUGUUGUACAGUUUGUAACAAAGACUUUAAAACGAAUACUCAGUUAAAAAUGCAUCAAAGAAUACAUACUGGGGAGAAACCUUA